GUGUGUGUGUGUGUGUGUGUGUGUGUGUGUGUGUGUGUGAAGAAAAAGUAAGGGUGUGAGGAACAACCGGAUGUGACGUAGAAGCACAGGCGUGACUACCAAACAUGGCGUCGCUGUGGUCCUUGCUGCCGUCCCGAACAGCCCUGCUGCCGCUCGCCUCGGUGAGGUUCGCGUCUAAGAAGUCUGGAGGCAGCACCAAGAACACCGGAGGGAACAGCCCCGGACGCAGAUAUGGCUUCAAGAAGCAGGAUGGUCACUUUGUCCAUGCUGGCAACAUCCUGGCAACACAGAGGCUGUUGAGAUAUCACCCCGGGGCGCAUGUGGGCAUAGGGACCAACAAUACUCUGUAUGCUCUGGAAGACGGCCAUGUCAGGUUCACCAAGGAGGUCUACAUACCCUCCCCACGUAGUCCAGAGGCCACGCAAGUCAUCACCAAGCUGCCCAGAGGCGCAGUACUCUAUAAGACCUUCAUCAAUGUCCUGCCAGCCAAGCAGGAGGGCAAGUUCAGGCUGGUGGACCUGGUCUGACUACUUCGGGAUGAGGACAGAAUUUGUGACCGUUUUGAUCUGAGAUCAGAGCCAAACACACAUCAGUGUGGCUCAGAUAGUUCCUGGUCUCUUGCUGUCUCUGGAUUAAACAGGCUGUUUUGUUUUUAAUUUGACACAUUUGAGGCAAGAAACUGAUGUGUGAUUUAGUAACACAAAUAAACAUAUCGUCUAUGUGGA